GCUGCUUGCUGGGAGAGGACAUUAGGAAUGCCUUUCAGUGCCUGGCUUCCUGAGCUAUCUCACGGUAGCCAGGCGGCUUGGGGCAAUCUGACUGCAUCUCACCUUCAGCCCUGCAGGAAUCUGGAUGCAGGCCAAAUACAGCAGCACGAGAGACAUGCUGGAUGAGGAUGGGGACACCACCAUGAGCCUGUAUUCUCGAGCCUCAACUAUCACCCGGCAGCUAGAGCCCAGGCAUGCAGAGCGCAGGACUCCCUCUUCAGCUUGGCGCCCAGUGGCCCUGACACUACUGACUUUGUGCUUGGUGCUACUCAUAGGCCUGGCAGCCCUGGGCUUUGUGUUUUUUCAGUUCUACCAGCUAUCCAGUACUCAACAAGACAACAUCUCUGAAAAGGAAGAAAGGUUGGGGAAUCUUUCUCAACAUCUGCAGUCUCUCCAAGCCCAGAAUAGGAAACUUGCAGAAACCCUGCAGCAUGUGGCUGAAAAACUCUGUCGUGAGCUCUAUAACAAAAGUGGAGGACACAGGUGCAACCCUUGCCCAGAAAAAUGGAAGUGGCAUGGGGACAAUUGCUACCAAUUCUAUAAAGAGAGUAAAAGUUGGCAGGGCUGUGAAUAUUUCUGCACUGGUGAGAACGCUACCAUGCUGAAAAUAAACACACAAGAAGUGCUGGAGUUUGCCAUGCCUCAGAGCUACUCUGAGUUUUUCUACUCUUAUUGGAUAGGGCUCUCCCGCAAUGGCAGUGGCAAAGACUGGCUGUGGAUGGAUGGAGCACCUUACUCCUUUGAACUGUUUGAGAUUAUAAUAGAUGUCAGCAGCCUAAGAAGCAGGGACUGUGUGACCAUCCUCAAUGGAAAGGCUUUCUCAAAGGACUGUAGAGAGUUGAGACGAUGUGCAUGUCAGAGGAUGGCGGCUAGAGUGGAGCCCAAAAGUCUUCGCUAGCACCCCUGAACCAACAAAUGAAGGGGACCAACUGUUCUGCUUCAGCUACUAGCAAAAGAGCUGAGCCAAGUGAGGCCAGUGCAAGGCAUAUUUGAGACACUGGGAAAUGGAAAAUAAUCAGGAAAGGCAAACUCUCAGACUGGUACAAGCAAGAUUCCCAUUUUUCCUGUUCAGGAUCAUCAACAUUUCUGAGUUUGAGGUUCAUGCACAUGUUUACCAGUCACAAGAAGUCUUAUCUGUGGACCACCAACCAGCCCCAGAAACCCUUAAGGUUUUCAUCCACUUUCUUGACUUAGAAAUAACUUUCUGGGUUUCUUCUUUCUCAACAUCCAACAUCAUCUCCCUGUUUCCAUGUCUUCCUCAUAUGUGGAGAAGUGAGACACUCACUAAAAUAGAGGAAUUAAAUGGAAGUCACACCCUUUGUUCCAGAAGCAGGUGGUCCAGGGGAAAUGAACAGAUUUCCCAUCCUGUGCUUCUACAUGCAUGACUAAUUCUUUUUGUUUCUCUUCAGUUCACACUUUUCCUUUCCCAGUCUGUCAAUAAAGACUCCAUCUGAAACAGCUGAA